AGUUCUGCCCCAGCAGUCGUCGGAGCAACAACUAAAAACAACUAAACCCAAAAGCAACUACACGGAACAACAGUACAGCAGCAGAGAACACCACCAAAAACACUGUGAAAAUACAAGAAACACACGAUUAUUGUAUUGUCUGUCAAGUGAACGCCAAAGAGUCGAGUGCUGGACGAAAUAGAGUGAGACUUUUGAUAGUUUCUCGCUAGUUUUUUCAAGGGCACCUCAACAAACACACUGCUGCUGCUGCUGAAAACUGAACUGAAACCAUAAUAAAAUAUUUCAUACACAUCGAAAGCAAGUUGCCGCAGUUCAGCGAGAGUUUAGUGUCCAAAGUCCACCGCCAAGAAGCGGCGUAUUUGACCGCCUUCCAAUAAAAAUGGCCCCCAUAUAAAACUCUACCGGGAACACACUAAAACAGCAGCAGCAACACAUUCUUAGGUGCGAUUGCGAUUAGACAAGAAGAUUAGAACAAGGCCAACCACAAAGAAAGGGGAGGAGAACGAGGAAUUGCCAAAUCAGUCUAAUCACCCAAAAGGAACGGAAAGGAAACUAAAUCAGAUCAAAGAUGAACAGCCUGGCGCGCGUCUUUAGCAACUUCCGGGACUUCUAUAGCGAGAUCAAUGCAGCCACCUUGACGGGGGCCAUCGAUGUGAUCGUGGUGGAGCAGAAGGACGGGGAGUUCCAGUGCUCGCCCUUCCAUGUGCGCUUCGGCAAGAUGGGUGUGCUGCGAAGUCGCGAGAAGGUGGUGGAUAUCGAAAUCAAUGGCGCCCCCGUGGACAUUCAGAUGAAGUUGGGCGACGCCGGCGAGGCCUUCUUUGUGGAGGAAUGCCUCGAGGAUGACGACGAUGAGCUGCCAGCGAAUCUGGCCACAUCGCCCAUACCCUUGAGCUUCAUGAAUCUGCGGGAGCACGGCAACGAAACCAUGGAGGACAUCAGCGGUGUGACAGCCGACAAAAACGCUAGCGAGGAGCUGCAGAUUCCCUUGCCGCUGCCGCGACGCAACUCCAUCGACUUCUCCAAGGAGGAGCCCAAGGAAGCGGCCGCAGAUGGCAAUCAUUUCGAGAAUCAGGCCUCGGACUACACGAAGCGCAGGCACACGGACAAUACACUGGAGAGGCGCAAUCUGAGUGAGAAGCUCAAGGAGUUCACCACACAGAAGAUACGUCAGGAGUGGGCGGAGCACGAGGAGCUCUUCCAGGAGAAGAGCGAGAAAAAGCCAGCAGAAGCAGAGCUGGAAAAAGAUAGGCAGCCCGAGGCGGGGGAGGAAGUGGAGAAGGAGAAGGAAAAGGAAAAGGAGCAGCCCAAAGCCGAUAUUACCGUGUCUUCGGUGGCGGCCAGCGAGGUCGCCAAAGAUGUGUCCAAGAGCAAGACCAAGAAGCGUCGCAAGAAGACGCAGAUGAAGAAGAAUGCACAGCGGAAAAACUCCUCGAGCAGUUCUGUGGGUAGCGCUGCCGGCGGCGACGUCACCACCACCAAGGAGGGCGUGGCGACAGUGGACAACAUUGAUGAGGGCGAUGCCACCGCCCCCGCCACCGCCGUGGCGAUCAUCGCCGCCAACAACUCGGCCAACUCCUCAUCCAACGACGAGCCUCCCUCAGCCUCACUGCUCACGGCCCACACCGGGAUCGACAGCGCGAAGGGCGAGGAGCCCAAGGCAAUCGCAAACCCAACGGCGAAGCAGCGUCUAGACCUGGAAAUGUACUUCUUCAGCGAUACAGAGAUCACUGGGCCAUCGGGCGGCGCUACCAACCGUCCCCCCAGCCCCUUUCAGAGCGAUAGCGAACUGGAGACAACGAUACGGGCACGGGAUCAGCGCCAAUUCGACCAGACCGCUACCAAUUGGAAUUGGGGCGAACUGCCCGACCAGGCCAAAAGGGAUUCGAUCAAUGAAGCCGAUGCACAGCAGGUUGACCGACAAUCGAUGCUCAGCAACGUGUUUAGCUUCAUGAAGAAGGCCAAUCGGCUGCGCAAAGAGGUCGGCAACGAGGCGGGAGACAUAUAUCUAUCCGACUUGAAUGAAUCCAUGGAUCCGGAGAUGGCGGCCCUCUAUUUUCCCAGUUCCAAGUUGAAGGUGGCCUCGACAGCCACGAUCCUGGAGGAAGAUCGGGAGAGCGGCAACGGCACCAGCCUGCCACACUCGCCCAGCUCCCUGGAGGAGGGUCAGAAGAGUAUGGACUCGGACUUUGAUGAAAACAAACAGCAGCGUGACAAAAAAUAUUUGGACUUUGUGGCCAUGUCCAUGACUGGCAUGCCAGAGCACGGAGGCCCCCCCUCGGAGGAGGACUUUGACCGGCAUCUGGUCAGCUACCCGGACGUAUGCGCAAACCCCAGUCUGUUCUCAUCGCCAAACCUAGUCGUACGUUUAAAUGGCAAAUACUACCCCUGGACGGCAGCAUGCCCCAUUGUAAUGACAAUGAUUGCCUUCCAGAAGCCACUAACCGAAGAUGCCAUUGAACAGCUCAUGUCGCAAACUGGCGAGGGCGGUAAGCCGGAAAUGCCUGAAAUGCCCGAAGCUGCCCAGGCCGGGCCUGCGGGUCAAACAAAGCGCUACUGGUGGAGCUGGAGGCGCCCACAGGAUGUGGCGCCUAACCGUGUCAGCCACGACUUAGCCCCCAGCAAAGACGAGAAAGAUGGUGAUAAUGCUGCAGCUGUGGCCACGCAAACAUCACGACCACUCUCCCCCACGGACAAUAGCGAGCCGACGCCGAGCAAGAGCGACUCUCUGGCAGAGAAUGCAGAGAACACCUCGGCGCUGGUCGACAACCUCGAGGAGCUGACUAGCGCGACAAACAAGAGCGAUGAACCUAAGGAGCGCUACAAGAAAUCCCUGCGCCUUAGCUCGGCAGCCAUUAAAAAACUAAACCUUAAAGAGGGCACAAACGAGAUCGAGUUCAGCGUGACGACUGCAUACCAGGGAACGUCGCGCUGCAAGUGCUACUUGUACCGCUGGAAGCACAACGACAAGGUGGUGAUCUCGGACAUUGAUGGGACCAUUACCAGGUCCGAUGUGCUGGGCCACAUAUUGCCGAUGGUCGGCAAGGACUGGGCCCAACUGGGAGUGGCACAGUUGUUCUCGAAGAUCGAGCAGAACGGCUAUAAGCUGCUCUACCUGUCGGCCCGUGCCAUCGGCCAGUCCCGACUGACACGCGAGUAUCUGCGCUCGAUCAGGCAGGGUAAUGUGAAGCUGCCCGAUGGGCCGCUGUUGCUGAAUCCCACCUCCCUGAUAUCGGCAUUCCAUCGCGAGGUUAUCGAGAAGAAGCCGGAGCAGUUUAAGAUCGCUUGCCUGUCGGACAUUCGGGAUCUCUUCCCCGAAAAGGAGCCCUUCUACGCCGGCUACGGCAACCGGAUCAAUGAUGUCUGGGCCUAUCGGGCUGUGGGCAUUCCUAUAAUGCGCAUCUUCACCAUCAACACCAAGGGCGAGCUGAAGCACGAACUGACCCAAACAUUCCAAUCCUCUGGCUACAUCAAUCAGUCGCUAGAAGUCGACGAGUACUUUCCCCUGCUCACCCACAAUGAUGAGUACGAGUACCGCACGGAUGUGUUCGACGACGACGAGUUGGAGGACGAACUACAGUUUAGCGAUGACUACGAUGUGGAUGCAGAGCCCGAUCUGAGUGACGAUGACGACGAUGAUGAUUACGAUGAUGAUUUUGCCGAGCAGUUGGCAGAUGACAUCAUCAUUAUGCGAAGCCGCCGAGUGUCGACCAAGAACGAAGUGGCCUUGCUGCCCUCACACGGCAACCUUACGUGGCUGGAUUCCUAGACCAUGUAACCAUAACCAGAACCCUGCCCUAGUCCUUCUUAGAAGGUUGUGGGCAGCUGGAAUGAAAUGAUGAUGAAUGAAUUGUGAUAAGAGUUUUCUGAGAGAGCUAUUAGGAGUGUCCGUGUCCCAUGUUUGUUGUGUAGUAGUGCCGGGGGCGAAGCCCUCGGGCCAGUCGUAAGUUUUGAAAGUAUUUUGCUCAGCAGCAGCAGGCCUAAAUGUUUAGCUUUAAGGAAGAAGAGCGGAACGAAAAGUACCUUUUGGAUAUAGUCCUAUCCUACUAUAUCUAUAGCCAUAUACCCAAUAAACGAUAUCAAUAUGUUCGCUGUGAUGGAAA